CCCUGAGAGCGUUGGACCGAAAUGUUAUUCAGGUGCCAUAACAGGUGUGUUUUAGUAUUUAUGUGUGACAGGGAGAGGUGACAAUACUGUCUUGACUGUGGAGAGCGGGAGGAGACAUACAGAGACAGGAGCUGAGUCUGUAUUGUAGCUACCUCUCUGGAGAUAUAAACUCUGAUCUAUAGAGCCUGUGGAUUCGCUGUAGCCUGGUGCAGAGGCCUGAGACUGAGACCCAUCCAUCUCCAUUCUGUCUCUGAAAUCACAGGCAGAAAAAAAUGGCCCAUGGAAAGAACCAAGAUCAGAGACCCUCAGAACAGGGCGAAGAGAUGGGAGAGGAGACCUUCCUCAAAGACCUCCAUCUGUACAUGAAGAAGAGAAAUACACCCAUAGAGAAAAUACCACACCUGGGCUUCAAACAGAUCGGUCUGUUCAUGAUGUACAAGACUGUGAAAAGCUUGGGUGGCUACCACCAGGUGACGGCCCAGCAGAUGUGGAAGCAAGUAUACAACACCCUGGGAGGAAACCCCAGAAGUACCAGUGCAGCCACCUGCACCCGUAGACACUACGAGAAGCUGCUUCUGCCGUAUGAGUGUCAUGUAAGAGGAGAAGACUACAUGGAGGUACUGCCACAAUGCCAGCAGAAGCGUUUACAUUACAGUAGGCUCAGUGAGCAGGACGAGUGCCCCAGGACAGCCAAGCGUAGCAUGACUUACGGAGCUCUACAGACAUCCCUGCACCAGAAGCCCCAUAACUAUCUGACAGACUCCAGAGUGAGGAUCAUCCCUAUGCCUGUGCACUACAGUCAGUACUACCACCACCCUGUCCACCCCGUCCACCCAGAUCUGCUCCCCUAUGUCCACCCACCUCUGAACCCCAGCAGCCUCCCCUCUCCUCAAGGACAGACAGAGAGGGCCAAGCAGCCUCUGGAGCACCUACGCUUCCUGGCCAACCAGUACAAGGACUCCUCAGGCUGGACUGAGCCACUCAACCUCAGUCACAAGAAGGCUGGUCAGGAGUCAGGCGGUCACCCUGCUUCAUCCUUCGCCCCUCCUCCCUCCAACAUCUCCCCAAGGUUCUUGAAUACGGUCUCACCUCUGUACCCCGCCAAGGGGCUGGUUAAAGAUGAGGGCAGUGAGACGCCGGAGGGAGAGGUGCCCCUAGGGAAAACCCACCUCUACCCCUUAGCGACCAGAGACGACUACUCCCGCAGCCCGACCUCAGCCUCCAGCCCAGGUAUGAAGAAAGAGUCCCCCGUCCCCUCUCCGCUGCAGAGUUGCAGGGAUAGUGCCCCCUCCAUGAUUCACGUCCCCAAACUCCAGAAGAGGGAGUACCCAGAUUGGCCCAGGGGGGAGUGGAGAGGGGAAAGCCCCAAGCACAGUCCAGGGCCUCUCAAUUGUAGUCACGCUCUGCGCAGUACCCCCAGAGGGACAGAGGGAAGGAUGGAGAUCCAGAUCCCGCUGGCGAUGCUCCAUGACUGGGUAAAAGGAGUUCUGCUGUGUGGGCCUGCUGGCACCCGGCCUGGGAAUCUAUCGCUGCAGGAUCCAACCAUGGGCCAGACCCCAGGCUCAGAGCCCAGGGAGAGGGAAAGGGCACAGGCCUGGUCUGACACCUCUCCCACCAUUGCUACACAUGCUGACCAGGCCUUCCACAACCAUCACAAAGACCAGGACAGGGGUUCUGGGGAUCUGAGAGAGAGGAGUCUGGAGAGGCACAGGAACCUGCCUAGGCCCACCACCACCACCUCCCCUAGUACCAGUCACUGCCGCCCCAUGGCGCCCUACCAGUUCUCCAGCUACAAGCCUCGGCCAUCAGGGAGCAUCGUCCGUAACCCGGACAGCUGGAAAUUGGAUCACCGGGAGGACACAAGGAGGCCCUACCACCCAAAACUCAUGUACCCCCAGGAUCUAUGGGAUAGAGCCCAGCCAAUUCCCUUAAAUAUCUACCCCAGCAGCCAGCUUCUGGAGCAGGAUAGUGUACGCCACACAUCCCCGGGCUAUUGUCCAGGCACAUCACUGGGAAGGGUGGAGAACCCCUCAUUUCCCUCUCUGGUGCCACUGACACCUGAGGAGUUAAUGAAGUUAAAGAGGCUCAUCUCAAGCUCCUCAUGAAUAGAAUGGAACAGCAGGACAACAACCUGCUAAUUAAUAUAAAAUAUGAUGCACUCUGGACGAAAAGCUGGACACUUAAAAAGCCCUCAUUACUGUUCAAAAUCAAGAGACAAUGUAGCACUACUGUUGACUAACUUUUUGAAGUACUUCAGAAUAUGAAUUUAGUCCUUUAAUCUUCUGUAUUUUUAUCAUUUGAAGCUUGCUCACAAUGUAUUGUGCACUGGAGUGAGAAAAAAAGAAUUGCCCUUCAUCUCAGCGAGUAGCAUCGAGAAGAAAAAAAAUGUAGCCUGAUAAUGACAGUAAAAAAGCUUGAAACUAAUUACAAAAGUUUACUACCCAGACAGCAAAGGGACAUUCUAUUGAGUUCUUACUUGUAAUUUUGUUGAGAUUUGUGACUUGUACAUUUUUUUUAAAGAAUUGUUGAGAGUUGUUGUUAUGCCAGUCAUUCUUGUUGUUAUGCCACAAAUUCUUAUUUUCAAUGACAGCCUAGGAACAGUGGGUUAACUGCCUUGUUCAGUGGCAGAACAACAGAUUUCUAUCUUGUCAGCUCAGGGAUUCGGUCUUGCAACCUUUUUGUUAUUAGUCCAACGCUCUAACCACAAGGCUACCUGCUGUUUUUGAGGAGAAACAAUUAUAUAUUAUUCUGAAUUUGUGAAUGUUUUUAUAUAUAUAUAUAUAUAUGUAUGUCAUAUCUUCUUCCUAUUCUUAUUUUACCAUGAGUAAUGUUGGAUUCUUUUAAUCCUUUUCAAGUUUACACAUUUUUCACACAAUAAACAUUCAGAUGUUUUAUC